AAUCCUUCCUUUUCCUCUCCUCCCCCAGGCCGGCGGGGAGGCAGCUUCCACCGCCCUCUGUGCGCCCUCGCCCGGCCUUGCUCUGUCUCCGGGGACCGCCAACAGCCCGCCUCUAAAAGUUUGAUCAUCUCUUUCUUUCUCUCUCUCUCUUUUUUUUUUCUGCUUCUUUUUGGUUGAAGCAGAAAAAGAGUGAGGCAGGGGCGAGCGCGGCGCCGGGACUCCUGGGACCAUGGGCCUGGCGCUGGCGCUCGAGGGGCCCCGGCCGCGUCGCCUGGCUGCUCCGGCGCCCCUCGGCGCGGGACUGCGCUGCUUGCGCGGGGGCCACGCGCUCUGAGCCGGCCUGGCGCGGCGGGGCAGGGGGCUGGCGGCCCCAUGGGGCGCGCCCACACUUGCCCCCCGGGUUCGGAAGCAUGAAGUAGGGGCCCGCCAUGGGAGCGGGAUCCGCGCGGGGGCCCCGAGGCACAGCAGCGGUGGCGGCUCGUGGGGGGGGGUUUCUCUUCACCUGGAUCUUAGUCUCAUUUGCCUGGCACCUGGCCUCCACCCAAGGAGCUCCUGAAGAUGUGGAUGUCCUCCAGCGGCUGGGCCUCAGCUGGACCAAGGCAGUGGGUGGCCGGAGCCCCCCACCCCCGGGGGUCAUCCCGUUCCAGUCAGGCUUCAUCGUUACACAGCGGGCCCGGCUCCAGGCCCCCACGACCGCUGUCAUCCCGACCUCUCUGGGCACAGAGCUGGCGCUGGUGCUGAGCCUCUGCUCCCAUCGGGUGAACCAUGCCUUCCUCUUCGCCGUCCGCAGCCGGAAGCACAAGCUGCAGCUGGGCCUGCAGUUCCUCCCCGGCCAGACGGUCGUCCACCUGGGGCCCCGGCGCUCUGUGGCCUUCGACCUGGACGUGCACGAUGGGCGCUGGCACCACCUAGCCCUGGAGCUCCGCAGCCGCACGGUCACCCUGGUGACGGCCUGUGGGCAGCGCCGGGUGUCCAUCCCGCUGGGCUUCCACAGGGACCCGGUGCUCGACCCGGAGGGCUCCUUCCUCUUUGGAAAGAUGAGCCCGCAUGCGGUCCAGUUUGAAGGUGCUGUGUGCCAGUUCAGUAUCUACCCUGUGACGCAGGUCGCUCACAAUUACUGUACCCACCUGAGAAAGCAGUGUGGACAGGCUGACAUGUACCGGCCCCAGCUGGGGCCCCUUCUCCCCCAAGACCCUGGUGCACCCCUCGCCUUCCAGACCGACCUUGCCCUGCUGGGCCUGGAGAACCUGACCACUGCCAUGCCAGCCCUGGAGUCACGGCCAGCGGGCAGGGUGACUGUGGUGCCCGCCACACGCAGCAAGCCCCUAAGGACCAGCAACACAAACCCUCACAAGCCUGUCUCAGUGCGGGAACGAGCCCGGACCCCACUGCCGCCUGCCAAGCUGUCAGCGAGCGAAGUGCUUCCUCCCGUGCCCCGAGCCUCUCCUGCCAGCCCCACCACGCCUGUCCAGCCACUGCAAAAGAGCGCAGCCACCAAAAUCCCCAAAAGCCACCCAGUCAAGCCUUCGGCCCCUUCUCCUUCAAUUCCCCCUGUCAAAAGCCCUCGCCCCACCCAGAAGGCAGCUCCACCUUUCACAAAAUCAGCCCCUCCCACCAAGAAGCCAGUGCCACCAACUUUACACUCAGCUCCUGCCAAAGUGUCCCAUCCCUCAGUGAAGCCGGUCCAGAGGAACCCUGUCACGCCCAGACCCCCACCACCCAGCGCCCGGCCCCUGUCCCCUGUCACUGGUGCUUCUCAAAAGCCCUUUCCCCCAACAGACCGGACAAAGGCCAAGAUGAGCAGUCGUGCUGGUGAGCCGGCUCCUGCACGCACCAGCACGCACCGACCUCCCCAGCCCACUGUUUCGCCCCCAUCACCUGCCUCCAGUCCUGGCUCUACCAGGACCACUCGGCCACUAGCCACAGUGAUGCCUCCUACACUCACUCCUGGUUCAGUCCCCUCUGGAAGCAAGAAACCCACUGGAUUAGAAGACACAAAGAAAGCCAGACCCAAGAGCAGCCCCCGGAAGCCCUUCCCCUUCCGAGCCGGGAAGCCAGCCAGGGAUGACCCCGUCCGUGAUCCGACGAUGCGGCCCAGCCCCAGACAGCCCCGGCCUGGCCAGCAGAGCACCCCGGCCCCGGUGUUGGUCCCAGCGCGAUUCCUGUCCUCUAGCCCCUGGCCCACAAGCACUGGCUAUUCGCUCUUCCACCUGGUGGGGCCCACGCCUUUCCCGCUGCUGAUGGGGCCUCCAGGGCCCAAGGGAGACUGUGGUUUGCCGGGUCCCCCUGGGCUGCCUGGGCUCCCUGGACCCCCCGGUGCACGGGGGCCUCGGGGUCCUCCUGGGCCUCAUGGAAAUCCAGGCCUACCUGGCCCUCCUGGAGCCAAAGGACAGAAAGGGGACCCGGGGCUCUCACCAGGAAAGGCCCAUGAUGGGACGAAGGGCGACAUGGGUUUGCCUGGGCUCCCUGGGAAUCCGGGACCUCUUGGACGAAAGGGAUUCAAGGGCUAUCCUGGACCGGCGGGGCACCCCGGAGAACAGGGGCGGCCGGGACCAGAGGGCAGCCCAGGGGCCAAAGGUUACCCUGGCAGGCAGGGGUUACCUGGUCCUAUAGGAGACCCUGGCCCCAAAGGCAGCCGGGGCUACAUCGGGCUCCCAGGGCUCUUCGGCCUGCCAGGGUCCGAUGGAGAGCGAGGCCUGCCUGGCGUUCCUGGCAAGAGGGGCAAGAUGGGUAGGCCGGGGUUUCCCGGAGACUUUGGGGAAAGAGGCCCCCCGGGACUGGAUGGAAACCCCGGAGAACUGGGCCUGCCAGGGCCCCCAGGAGUCCCUGGCCUCAUUGGCGACAUGGGAGCACUGGGUCCGAUUGGCUACCCAGGACCUAAGGGCAUGAAGGGACUGAUGGGAAACAUGGGGGAGCCCGGACUGAAAGGUGAUAAGGGUGAACAAGGGGUUCCAGGUGUGUCAGGAGAUCCCGGAUUCCAAGGCGACAAGGGGAGCCAGGGAUUGCCGGGGCCCCCAGGUGCACGGGGGAAGCCAGGGCCUGUGGGCAAAGUUGGAGACAAAGGGUCCCUUGGGUUUCCUGGGCCCCCUGGGCCCGAGGGAUUCCCCGGAGACAUCGGCCCCCCUGGGGACAAUGGCCCAGAAGGCAUGAAGGGUAAGCCCGGAGCUCGAGGCCUGCCGGGACCCCCUGGGCAGCUGGGGCCCGAGGGCGAUGAGGGACCCAUGGGGCCACCUGGGGCCCCCGGCUUGGAGGGUCAACCUGGCAGGAAAGGGUUUCCUGGGAGGCCUGGCCCUGAUGGCUUGAAGGGGGAGCCAGGCAACUCUGGACGGCCGGGACCUGUGGGUGAGCAGGGACUUCUGGGAUUCAUUGGUCUGGUCGGGGAGCCAGGAAUCGUGGGAGAAAAGGGUGACCGGGGCACGAUGGGACCCCCAGGAGCGCCUGGACCCAAGGGGUCAAUGGGUCAUCCUGGAAUGCCAGGUGGAGUCGGGACCCCUGGAGAGCCUGGACCCCCGGGUCCUCCGGGAUCUCGAGGCCCGCCUGGCAUGAGGGGAACAAAGGGACGCCAGGGCCCCCGAGGACCAGACGGACCAGCUGGGGAGCAGGGGCCCCGGGGUCUGAAGGGCCCUCCAGGACCGCAGGGCAGACCGGGCCAGCCUGGGCAGCAGGGCGCACCUGGUGAGCGAGGGCACGUGGGCGCCCGAGGCUUUCCCGGCAUCCCGGGCCCCUCAGGCCCGCCAGGCACCAAGGGCCUCCCAGGAGAACCGGGCCCUCAGGGACCCCAGGGACCAAUUGGGCCACCGGGAGAGAUGGGACCCAAGGGGCCACCUGGUGCAGUGGGAGAGCCAGGACUUCCUGGGGAAGCCGGGAUGAAGGGUGACCUUGGGCCUCUCGGCACCCCUGGGGAGCAGGGCCUCAUUGGGCAGCGGGGAGAGCCGGGCCUCGAGGGUGACAGUGGCCCUGCAGGGCCCGACGGGCUGAAGGGGGACAGGGGUGACCCAGGGCCUGAUGGUGAGCGUGGCGAGAAGGGCCAGGAGGGACUGAUGGGCGAGGAUGGGCCCCCCGGCCCCCCUGGCAUCACUGGCGUCCGGGGUCCCGAAGGAAAGCCAGGGAAGCAAGGCGAGAAGGGCCGGACCGGAGCCAAGGGUGCCAAGGGCUACCAAGGACAGCUGGGCGAGAUGGGAGCCCCUGGAGACCCUGGACCCCCUGGCACCCCAGGCCCUAAAGGGUCCCGGGGCAGCCUGGGACCAACGGGUGCUCCAGGACGGAUGGGGCCCCAAGGAGAACCAGGACUGGCUGGUUACGACGGACACAAAGGCGUCGUGGGACCCCUGGGGCCUCCCGGACCAAAGGGCGAAAAGGGUGAGCAGGGUGAGGACGGCAAGGCCGAGGGCCCCCCAGGACCACCUGGAGACCCGGGCCCUGUGGGGGAUCGAGGAGACCGUGGGGAACCAGGGGAUCCUGGAUACCCUGGACAGGAGGGCGUACAAGGCCUCUGUGGAAACCCGGGCCAGCAGGGCCUGCCUGGGCAUCCGGGACCCCGGGGGCGGCCGGGCCCCAAAGGAUCAAAAGGGGAAGAGGGACCAAAGGGAAAGCAAGGCAAGGCCGGGGCCCCUGGACGGAGGGGGAUCCAGGGUCUGCAGGGCCUGCCAGGGCCCCGGGGCGUGGUGGGGAGACAGGGCCCCGAAGGUGUUGCUGGACCAGAUGGGCUUCCCGGCAGGGAUGGUCAACCAGGGCAGCAGGGGGAACAAGGAGAUGAUGGGGCCCCUGGCCCCGUGGGCCCUGCUGGGAAGAGGGGAAAUCCAGGUGUGGCUGGCUUGCCCGGAGCACAGGGACCCCCAGGAUUCAAGGGUGAAAGUGGAUUACCCGGGCAGGUGGGUCCCCCCGGGAAGCGAGGGACAGAGGGCGGAACAGGGCUUCCUGGGAACCAGGGGGAGCCUGGAUCCAAAGGCCAGCCGGGUGACUCUGGCGAGAUGGGCUUCCCAGGAAUGGCUGGCCUCUUUGGACCCAAGGGGCCCCCUGGAGACAUGGGCUUCAAAGGCAUCCAGGGCCCUCGGGGGCCUCCUGGCUUGAUGGGAAAAGAAGGCAUCAUUGGGCCCCUUGGGACCUUGGGACCUUCAGGACGCCCGGGUCCAAAGGGCGACAAAGGCAGCCAAGGGAACUUGGGAUUGCAAGGUCCGAGGGGUCCUCCAGGCCCCAGAGGGCGACCUGGCCCGCCGGGGCCUCCAGGGAGCCCCAUCCGCUUUCAACAAGAUGACCUUGGGGCAGCUUUCCAGACGUGGAUGGACACUAGUGGAGCACUGAGAGCAGAGGUUUACAGCCACCCGGACCGGCUGGUGCUGGACCAGGGAGGGGAGAUAUUUAAAACCUUACACUACCUCAGCAACCUCAUCCAGAGCAUCAAGACUCCCCUGGGCACCAAAGAGAACCCUGCCCGGGUCUGCCGGGACCUCAUGGACUGUGAGCAGAAGAUGGCAGACGGGACCUACUGGGUGGACCCGAACCUGGGCUGCUCGUCCGACACCAUCGAAGUCUCCUGCAACUUCACGCAUGGUGGGCAGACAUGUCUCAAGCCCAUCACAGCUUCCAAGGUUGAGUUUGCCGUCAGCCGGGUACAGAUGAACUUUCUGCACCUGCUGAGUUCUGAGGUGACGCAGCAUAUCACCAUCCACUGCCUUAACGUGGCCGUGUGGCAGGAAGGCGCCGGGCAGACCCCAGCCAAGCAGGCUGUCCGCUUCCGGGCCUGGAAUGGGCAGAUCUUUGAAGCCGGGGGCCAGUUCAGGCCGGAAGUGUCCAUGGAUGGCUGCAAGGUCCAGGAUGGCCGCUGGCAUCAGACGCUCUUUACCUUCCGGACCCAGGACCCCCAGCAGCUGCCCAUUGUCAGCGUGGACAACCUCCCUCCUGCCUCAUCAGGGAAGCAGUACCGCCUGGAAGUUGGACCUGCAUGCUUCCUCUGACCUCUGACCUCCUGGCUCCUCUAGGUCUCCAGGGAGAGGGAAGAGGAGAAGCAGGAGGCAAAAGGAGGGUACUGAGGGGCAGGUGGGCCCAGGAGAGGCAGCUCAUCUGCCCGAGGAUCCUAGGGCCGGCCUCAGACGUUGCCUGCCUGGUAGAAGUGGUUGGGGGGGCGGGAUAGCAGAGACCGGGGUGACCCCAGCACACAGCUCCAAAGACCAACCCAAGAGCUGGCCCAAGCAAGCUGGGCCUGUCUCCCGCCUGAGCCCCGUGGCCUGUCUCCCUGCUCCGUGGCCACCCCCUCCCCUCCCCAGCUUCCUGCCCAAGCAAGAGCCCCACGUUCCAGCCAGCUUGAGGAAAGGGGGCAGCCGGUCCCUGCCAGGGAGCUUUGAUGUGCAAUAUUAGAGAGGAGACAUGAAAAAAGGAGAAAAGGAAAGAAAGAACUAUAUAUAUUUUUAUUUAAACAAACACAAAGAAGGUGCGUUACUAUUUUUUUUCACCUGGGAAGGAGGUGAGAGGGUGAGAAAGAGCAGCUGGGGCAGGGAGCAGAGGCAGCCGAGGGCAGGGCGAGGGGACCCUUCGGCUGGGGGCGCGACGUUCGCUACCUCCCACUGUGAAAUCGCUGGUGCUCGCAAUUGUCUCUUAGUGUAUGUGAUUUUUUUUUAAGGAAACAAAAAACCCUAUUUAAGAUUCUGAAGGUGCUACCAUUUUUGCCGCAGAACUCUGAAGAAACAUUUUGAUGUGGGCUGUCCCCCACGGUUCUCUCUCUCCUCCAAGUGACAAAGUUUGGAGAAUUUUGUAAUUUUCCUAGCGUCACCCUUGUGCUGAUCAGAUCAUCUGCUAAGGAGGGGGAAGGAGAGGGAGGAAAAAUGAAGCAAA